UAGCUUCACCUUCUAGGACCUUCUAUGCGCUAAGCACUUCCCCACAUCGACACCGCGGACCCAUGAAGCCUCCGGUGAAGCCUCCGAGGUCUGAACAUGCCAAGCUAUCAUGUUGAAUUGGAGGUAUAGGUAAGGAUGACUGCCUGUUUCUCUUCCUGACACAGACACUUCUUCUUGCUACUAGACCAGACUUAGUGACCUUUCUUCAAUAACGCCCCCCUUGAUCUAUUAGAUCUAGUCUCGUUCAGCACCCCUCGGUAUUACUAUCCUAAGCCAUAUACACUCAAAACGAAAACAAUGGUCAUCACUCCUGAGCAGAAGCGUGUAGACCUGCGACUACGCAAUCAGUCCGAUGCCGAAGCCCUGUUCCCGACAAUGUCGCACCCAGACUCGAUGCAAUACUGGUCUCGUGGACCCUUUUCGAACAUCGAGGAACUGCGCAAGGAUUUCGCUCCUGACGACACGACAGGUUGGAAGAUCUGGGCGAUUGUCAAGGUUGGCGAAAACGAAGCCAUCGGGUUCGUGGCUGCGUGUUCGAAGCGCAAAGGCGUGAGCGAAAUCGGGUACAUCGUUGCCCGUGAAGUGGCAGGAUAUGGCUACGGACGGGAAGCUGUAAGCCUGCUGAUUGAGAGAUUGUUCGCUGAGGGACAACGGCGUAUCUUUGCUGAUGUUGAUCCUGAUAAUGCAAAAUCUAUUGCGCUGCUCAAAGCACUUGGCUUCAAGCUAGAGGGCCGUCUACGUGCCGAGUGGGAAACGCAUAUCGGAAUUCGAGACUCUCUCGUAUACGGACUACUGGCAGAAGGAUGGCAAUUUGCAACUCCUAAGUAGGGGUCAGAUCAAAAGAAUUUGAAAAGGUAUGUGAGACGUGCGUGGGUCAUUCUCUGUGUAUCAGGUCUGAAAAAUGGUCUAGGCUGUGUACUAAGUGGUAUCAUUGUGUUGGAGGAGAAACACCC